UGGCUCAGCUCCCUUCACAAGAUAUCUUGGCUCUGCUUGAGUUCAAGAAGGGUAUCAAGCAUGACCCAACUGGGUUUGUUCUUAGUUCAUGGAAUGAGGAGUCCAUUGAUUUUAAUGGCUGUCCUUCUUCUUGGAAUGGGAUUGUUUGCAGUAAUGGAAGUGUAGCUGGAGUGGUUUUGGAGAGUUUGAGCCUUUCAGCUGAUGUAGAUUUGAGUGUUUUUUCGAAUCUCACGAAACUUGUAAAGCUUUCCUUGUCGAACAACUCGAUAUCGGGGAAGAUACCCGACAAUAUAGGCGAGUUUCGAAGCCUCGAGUUCUUUGAUGUCUCGAAUAACCUGUUUUCGUCGUCUUUACCUCAGGGGAUUAGCAAGUUAACUAGCUUGCAAAACAUAUCAUUAGCUGGUAACAACUUCUCUGGUACUCUUGAUCCGAUUGUUGGUCUUCGAUCAAUCCGUUCGUUGGAUUUGAGUCGUAACUCGUUUUCGGGGUCGCUUCCUACGACAUUGACUAAGCUGAUGAACUUGGUUUAUUUGAAUCUAUCUUUUAAUGGCUUUACUAAGAGGAUUCCGAAAGGUUUCGAGCUUAUUUCAGAUCUUGAGGUGCUUGACUUGCACGGUAAUAUGCUCGAUGGCACGCUCGAUGUCGAUUUUUUUCUUCUUUCGGAAGUCAGUUAUGUUGAUUUUAGUAGCAACAUGCUAAUGAGCUCUGAUAUGGAGCAUGGGAAGUUUUUGCCUAAACUUUCUGAUACUAUCAAGUAUUUAAACCUUAGUCAUAACCAGCUUACGGGAUCGUUGGUCACUGGAGGCGAGUUAUCGGUGUUCGAAAACUUGAAAACAUUGGAUUUAAGCUACAAUCAGCUUUCCGGAGAGCUACCCGGUUUUAGUUUCGUGUAUGAUCUUCAAAUCUUGAAGCUUAGUAACAACAGAUUUUCGGGAGCUAUUCCAAAUAAUCUAUUGAAAGGCGAUGCUUCGGUUUUAACUGAGCUCGAUUUGAGUGGCAACAACCUCUCAGGGCCAAUAAGUAUGAUCACGUCGACCACGCUACGCAUACUCAAUCUGUCGUCGAAUCAGCUUACGCGUGAGCUUCCAUUGCUGACUGGAAGUUGUGUCGUGCUUGAUCUCUCGAACAACAAAUUUGAGGGAAAUUUAACAAGAAUGAUCAAGUGGGGGAACAUCGAAUUCCUUGAUCUCAGUCGAAAUCUUUUGAACGGGCCUAUCCCCGAUGCAUCUCUGCAGUUCUUACGGUUAAAUUUUCUAAACUUGUCUCAUAAUACUCUGAGUAGUUCACUUACGAGUGCUAUUACGAAGUAUCCGAAGCUUCGAGUCCUUGAUCUGAGCUCGAAUCAGUUCGAUGGACCUUUGUUAGCUGAUUUACUCACAAUGCCCACUUUGGAAGAGCUCUAUUUGGAUAAUAAUUUACUUCGUGGUACGGUUAAGUUCUCGCUUCCUUCACCGGGUCGAGCGAACCUUAACGUUCUUGAUCUUUCUCAUAAUCAGCUCGGUGGCUAUUUCCCUGAUGAAUUUGUCUCUUUAACCGAUCUUACAUUGCUGAAUAUUGCUGGAAAUAACUUUUCGGGAUCGUUGCCUACGUCGAUGUCCGAUCUGAGUGCUUUGAUCUCGUUGGAUAUAUCACAAAAUCACUUCACAGGGCCCCUUCCGAGCAACUUGUCGAGCAAUAUUCGGAACUUCAAUGUUUCGUUUAAUGAUCUCUCGGGAUUGGUCCCUGAAAAUCUGGAAGCUUUUCCACGUUCUUCGUUCUUUCCUGGAAAUUCAAGACUGAUUCUUCGAAACGGUCCGGGAUCGAGUGAUAAUCCAGAUGUUAGAACAGGGAGAAGGAGAAUGAACACAAUUGUUAAAGUAAUCAUAAUAGUUUCAUGUGUGAUUGCAUUGGUUAUUAUUAUACUCCUUGCUAUCUUCUUUCAUUAUAUUUGUAUAUCAAGGAAGAAUCCGCCCGAGCUUGCCACAACUAAGGACGUUCAGAGGCGUAGUUCUCUUAGCUCCGCUGGCGUCGGUGGAACUGGAACCGGUAGCAAUUUGGUUGUUUCGGCUGAGGACCUUGUGACGUCGAGGAAAGGGUCGUCGUCUGAGAUAAUCAGCCCGGACGAGAAACUAGCUGCAGGAACUGGUUUCUCCCCAGCUAAAAGUAGUCAUUUUACUUGGUCACCUGAGUCGGGUGAUUCGUUUACUGGUGAAAACCUUGGUAGACUGGACGUGAGAUCGCCCGAUCGUUUGGUUGGUGAGCUUCAUUUUCUUGAUGAUUCGAUCUCGUUGACACCAGAGGAACUAUCCAGAGCUCCAGCUGAAGUGUUGGGGAGAAGCAGCCAUGGCACGUCCUACAGGGCGACACUCGAGAGCGGGAUGUUCUUAACGGUUAAGUGGUUAAGAGAAGGCGUAGCGAAGCCGAGAAAGGAAUUUGCUAAGGAAGCGAAAAAAUUUGCGAAUAUCAGACAUCCGAACAUUGUUGGCUUGAGAGGGUAUUAUUGGGGUCCUACACAGCACGAGAAGCUCAUUCUUUCGGACUAUAUCUCGCUCGGAAAUCUCGCAGUCUUUUUAUAUGAUCGUCCGGGACGAAAACGACCAUUGACAUGGGCUCAAAGACUCAAGAUAGCCGUUGAUAUCGCACGUGGCCUGAACUAUCUCCAUUUCGAUCGAGCUGUUCCACACGGGAACCUUAAGGCAACGAAUGUACUACUAGAUGGAGCAGACCUGAAUGCUCGUAUAGCUGAUUACUGCCUUCAUCGUCUCAUGACUAAUGCUGGCACCGUCGAACAGAUUCUUGACGCCGGGGUGUUAGGAUAUCGUGCCCCGGAGUUGGCAGCUUCGAAGAAGCCACAGCCAUCCUUCAAGUCGGAUGUGUAUGCAUUUGGAGUGUUGCUGUUGGAACUUCUGACUGGAAGAUGUGCUGGUGAUGUGAUCUCUGGUGAAGAGGGAGGGGUCGAUCUAACAGAUUGGGUCCGUUUACGGGUAGCCGAAGGACGGGGAUCUGAUUGUUUCGAUACGAUAUUGUUGUCGGAAAUGAGCAAUGCAGUAGCAGAGAAGGGUAUGAAGGAAGUGCUCGGUAUAGCUUUACGAUGUAUUCGAAACGUCUCGGAACGUCCUGGUAUCAAGACGAUAUACGAAGAUCUUUCGUCCAUAUAGUUUGUUUUGUUUUGUAUCAUUAGCUUCUUAUUUCUGAAUUAGAUGAAGUCUCAGUUUAGCUCACCUUGUUAGUGUAAUCAGUUGUAAAAAAAAAAAAGAACAUGUUUUGAUUAAUACAAGGAAUUUCCACCUUUUGUCCCUUCCA